AUGGCGGAAGAAGAAGACCACUUUGCCAACACCAUCAAUAACACUGGUGGGUUUGGCACCAAGACUGCCACUGGCAACCUGCGCAUAUUUAAUUGCAAGCAUUGCCAGAGAGCCUUCACUCGUGAAGAGCACCUCACGCGGCACAUACUUCUGACCCACAAUAAGCUCAAGCCGUUCAUUUGCGGUAUCUGCUCUCGGCCUUUCUCCAGACGGGACUUGCUCCUACGGCACGCAAAGAACUUACAUCAGGGGUCAGAAUUAGCAGUUUCCCGUAUUAGGAAGCUGUUCAAGAAUGCACCCGACAAUGAUGAAUCGAAGCUACAAGACGAGCUGCUGCCUGAACAAAAACGCAUGAAGAUGUCAGUGGACAUGCUAGUUAGUUGA